AGUAAUCACGUUACAACCCGGAAGGUUUGCGCUCCGCUCAUUUUCUGAUCGAAGAAUGAACAAAUUAACCGAGAAGCGAUUAACCGCGACGCGGCCGUCGGUGGUUUCAUCCGGCCGCUAGUCGAGGUCGAGUCCCCGGCCAGCACCGACGCGUCGGCCCCGAGGAGCGCCCGUCCCCGCAGUGAGCCGUGAGCCGCGGCCCGGAGCCCAGCGCCUCUCCCCGGUGAGGCUGUUCACAGGCCGGCCGGAGCGCAGCGCCUGUCCCCCGCAGAGGCAGCCGCGGCCGCCCGGUUCCGCACACCGACAGGCGGGAACAUGGCCGAGCUGCACGCCGUGGAGCCCAGCGGCGCCGCCACCGUGGAGCAGCCGGCCGAGCACCGCGAGGUCCGCGGCCCGGUGCGCCUGGCGUCGCCCACCCUGCUGGUCCCUCCGCGGAGCGGCCAGCUCAGCCCCGCCGGCGGAGGAGGCGGCGGAGGCGGCUGCAGCGGCGGAGGCAGGUCGGUGUUCGGCUUCCCGGUGAAGAGCAGCCCCAGCUCCCCGUCCGAACCGGGGGACAAGCCGGGCCCCCGCUGGGUCCGGCUCAACGUCGGAGGGACCUACUUCAUCACCACCAAGCAGACGCUCUGCCGGGACCCCAAGUCGUUCCUGUUCCGGCUGUGCCAGGAAGACCCGGACCUGGACUCCGACAAGGACGAGACGGGGGCCUACCUGAUCGACAGGGACCCCACGUACUUCGGCCCCAUCCUGAACUACCUUCGACACGGAAAACUGAUCAUGGACAAGAAUCUGGCUGAAGAAGGCGUUCUGGAGGAAGCCGAGUUUUACAACAUCGCCUCGCUGGUGCGGCUGGUGAAGGAGAGGAUACGGGACAACGAGAACCGAACAUCUCAGGGCCCGGUGAAGCAUGUGUAUCGAGUACUACAGUGCCAGGAGGAGGAACUCACACAGAUGGUCUCCACCAUGUCGGACGGCUGGAAGUUUGAGCAGCUCAUCAGCAUCGGCUCGUCUUAUAACUACGGCAACGAGGACCAGGCGGAGUUUCUGUGCGUCGUUUCCCGGGAGCUCAACAACUCCACCAACGGCAUCGUCAUCGAGCCCACCGAGAAGGCCAAGAUCCUUCAGGAGCGAGGCUCUCGGAUGUGAGGAGACCAGAAUCUGAGCUCAAACUACUUCAUCGACAACAUCAACAGCAACCACGUGGACUUUCGCUCCAGUUUCUAUCAAUAUGGUCAUUAUCAGCAUCCUCCUCCUCCUCCACCUCCCCGGCCGGCUCCCCUCCUCUCAGUGGGCAGGGGAGGACGGGAGGAUGCCCCCCCCCCCCCCCCCCCCCCCCCCCCCUCUAACUCGUCUCCUACUUCCUCCUGCCGGUUAGAAAAAGGCGACACGUGAGUGUUUUCUGUCUGGACUGCAGCUUUUCGAUGGUCAGUAUCACAGCAGCGCCGGCGGCAGUGAUGGAUGGAAACAUCUUCCUCUUCAUCGUCAUCAUUUCCAUUUUGAUCUCUGUCGCUCUUAUGAGACGGGAUCUUCUCUCGGUUAUACACACACACACACACACACACACACACACACACACACACACACACACACACACACGUUUGGCUCUGAUGAUUCAGCAGAGAUCUCCUCAGGACUCAAAUAAGGACAAAAAGGAAAGAAAAUGAGCCUUUCUCCUCUUCCUACCUGGAUCUGGUGGUCCCGCCCCCGCGCCCCCCCACCCCAGAGGAGAAGGAACAUCAAUGGAGGACCGACCGAUUGAUCGAUCUGAGCCGGCUGGGUACAGCCCGUCUUUCCAAACCACCCGAUCUGAGGAAACACGUGACUCACAAAGAGACUCAGCUCCACUCGUGUUCGACUCGUCAAGGCAUGUGAGGAAUCGAUAUGAAUCUAUUUAGGCUACAUGAUGAAAUUAUCUGAAAAAUUGAAUGCAAAUGGUGUAAUUCUUGAUUUGUGUAUCAUAGUUGUCACAUAUUUCCAUAUUGUGGUGGGUGUUGGAGGAUAUCGGCCGCCGCCCGUCGGCCCGGGGAGAGUUUCCUGUGACGCAGUGCCUCUCUGCUUUCUGUCCACCACUCUCUCAUCAUCACUUCUUCAGCUGCACGUUUUCUGUGGUGUUUCUCAAAGAAAAAGAAAAAAAAAAGUUAAAAAUAUCCUUCUUUGAGCUGUUGCAUAUCUUAAAAUUGUAAUCCUUGAUAAAGGAAGGCCGUCAUUGCCGUGUGGACGGCGCGGUGAGGGUCGGACCAGCUGCCUCAAAAACCCCAUUCGACCCGUCGUUUCGCUGUUUAGCCCGCUUGGCUCCUUGCCAAUCCCCGUCGAAGGUCCUGUGUUCUGCAGCACUUGUAGCAUCCGCGGCAGGAGCGGAAAUAUUACCGCUGGCACUCUGCGCCCACUGGGACACCAGAAUCUGUUAUCGGUAGACUCAGAGCGACGCGUCCGUUAUCUGACGGGACGUUUUGUUUCUAUCCCUCUUCUCACCUGCUCAAGUCCACCUGCCUUCGCUUUGGCAAUAUCGAGAGCAAAGAAACCCCAAUGUGCAACUUCCCAGACCGGCCAGGAGCUAGAACACCUCCGCCGGGAGGUGGUACCCCUCAACCGGGGGCUAGAAUCCCUCCACCAGGACUGAGACUCCCUCUGCUGGGACGAGAACCCCUCCACUGGGUCCGGGGUCCUCCGUACUCUUCUCACGUGAACGACCAGCAGCUUCGGUACCAAACUCAUUUCACCUGCUUGUAUUGCAUAGUUCUCGAUUCCCUCCGAGCGGACGGCCACAUGUGGUGCGUUCAUGCACCUGGAAUCUGGGAAAGUCCGGAAUCGUUCUGGUCCGGUUUUCGAGUUCGACUGAAACCUGAUUACUGAUGAGGCGGUUUUCUUUUUCUUUCCCAGCUUGAUGAUGCACCAGGAAACUGUUUUUCAUGUGUGGUUUUGCACUGCAAGCAGGUAAAAUGUCUGAACCUGGUCCAUCACACGAGCCACUUGCCCCGUUUUCAAAGAGAGGGGGCUUCACACUGUGACGGCUCCGUCGGUCCCCGGCCCCGCCCUUUGUACAGAGCAGUUAGUACAAGCAUGAACAAAAAAAGAAAAAAAAAAAA